AUGAAUAUAUUUAAAAGAAAUAAAAUUUUGGAGAGAGCCAAUUUUGACAAAAUAAAUAAUGUACAAAUAUAUGGAGAAAAUAAAAUACACUGCAAGGGGGGUUUCGUAUCAGGACCUGCCUUUGUAACGGUUAUUUCUUCCUUUCUUAUGAUAUUAAUCCCGGUUGCCAUUUUCCACGCCUUUACCUCAACAUGGUUCUUCGAAAAAGAUAUUUACUAUGUCUCAUUUCUCAACCUCUUCUUUUUCACACUAACCAUUUACACCUUUUUUAAAACGAGUUUUAUGGACCCUGGUAUAAUACCAAGACAGAAAUCUGUACUAAAUAUUUACGAUGUGAUAAUCCAACAGUACCGUGAAACGCAACCACCACGACAAAAGGAAGUUUUGAUAAAUGGAAAUUUCUACAAACUCAAGUAUUGCUACACAUGUAACAUAUAUAGAGGCAUAAGAACUGUGCACUGUUCCAUUUGUGACAACUGUGUGGAGAAGUUCGAUCACCAUUGUCCAUGGGUGGGCAAUUGCAUCGGGACGAGGAACUACAAAUACUUCGUGUACUUUGUUUUUAAUCUUUACAUCCUGAUAUGCAUAACUCUGGGUGCAAGUAUUUACAAACUGACCAUAUGUAUUAACAGCCUAUCAGACCAGGGUUACAACACAGAGAAAAUAUUUAUUCACAUAUGGCGCAUGGCCACAGAUAGCAUAAUUCUUAUUAUAUACACUAUCUUAACCUUGUGGUUUGUCAUAGGAUUAUUAUGCUAUCACAUCUACACAAUUGUAACCAAUCAAACAACAUACGAGCAAAUAAAAACCUUUUAUCAAAACGAUAAUCCAUUUAAUAUUGGUGUCCUUAACAAUAUAAAAGAGAUACUUUUUACCAAAACAAGGCCAUCCUACAUCAAUUUUGUCAACCCCAAAUUACAAGUUGUGGAUGAGAAGUGCUCGCACCAUGUAGUGGAACUGAAGGAUGUAGCUAUCAACGUAGAAGAGGAACAAAAUGAUAGUGAUUCACUGAGUAGUGGAAAUAAAGAUGAAAAAAAAAAAAAAAAAAAAAACUCCUUUGAAUCAAAGGUAGUAGAUAAAAAAUGGGCCAAAAAGGGAAGAGAUUAUCAUUCGAUCAAUAUUCACGAUAGCAAAUGCAGAAACAAAACGUACAAUGUAAAGAAAAAGAUAAAGAAAGAAAAAAGUUUAGAAGAAUAUGAUAUCACCAAACUGAGUAGCAUUUCCUAUAAAGCGAUUGAAAAAAAUGCGAGCCAUUUUAAGGUCGAUAAAAAUAAAAAUACAAAAGUUAACAAAAUGAAUAAAGCGAAUAAAGUGAAAUUGUCUAAUGUUAAGAAGAAGGAUAGCUACUCCGAAGAAUUAAGUAACGAUUUUGAACAACUCAGCCAAUACACACAAAAAAGGAUCAUAAAUUUGGAUAACACUGUAGGUUCAUUAUUCAUUAGGAACGACUUGUCAUCAACUGGAAGCUCUAAUAAUGACAUAUGUAGUGACAUAUGUAACGAGAGUAGGGCUAGCUAUGUAGGAGAUGAAAUGAAUGCAGACGAACUAUAUGAAUACCAGGAUGAUGAUAUAAUUCGCCUGAACAGGAAGAAAGUGAACAAUAAUAACAACUACAUCAUUGUUAUUAAGAACUGGAAGAGAGGUAGCGAAUGUUACAGGAGCGGUAUAAGCAAAGGGGGCCUAAUCAGAAGCGGCCUGAGUAUCGACUACCCCGGUAGAAACAGUACAGAGAAUAAUGACGCAGAGAAAAGUGGCACAGGAAAAAACGGCCUAGGCAAAAAGGAUACACACGAUGGUUAUUCCCUUGCCCAACGUGGCCAUUCAAAACAAAUCAGACGGAAACCAAUUAACUAUGAAACAAAAAUUAACUGCUUCAGCAACUUGGCGCACGUGAAAAAAAAAAUCGAGUACCCAAUUCGGCAUAAAAAAAAAUUUCCAUUUAUCCAUAAGUUUAAAAACAAAAUGGAAACCUACUACAUAGUCAGAUAUGCCAACAUAGAUAAGAAAGAUUUUUCGACCUACUGUCAGCAGACCAGUGCGGGUCUACAAAUGAAUAACGCCAAGCGGAUGAGCAAGAUGAAGAUGAUAAAAAAGAUAAAGUACUUGCGGAAGUUAUUUUCUAGAAAACGCAAACACGACAACAGUGGUCAUAACAAACGGGGCAAAAUUAAAAUGUUCAGCAUCUCCAAGAGUGCCAGUCGGAAGGACGAAUUACGCAAUUUGAGCGAUGGCGUCGGAGAUGGGAGGAAUCCCAAAAAAGGAGACGAUGAUUUAUCCGCAAAUGCGCAAGCCAACGAGAACAUAGUAAUCAAAAAGAGGAAGAAGAGGAUGAUGGCCCUGCAGAAGGAUGUCAUCAUCAGCAUAUAUAAUUAUAAGCCCAAGGAUAAGAGGGAGAAGCCCAAACAGUGGGUUGCAAGUCCUGCAAUGUUGGGAAAUGACGAACCGCAUGAAGAGGAACCAGUUCGUCAAGUGGAACAAACGGGCGAAGAUAAACACAGCAUCGGGAAGGAGGAUCAAGAUUUGUUCAUGCAAAACCACCGCGAAAUGCACGGGGAUGCCUUGACCAAACACGCAGAAGAGAAACAAAAGAAGUUGGACCUGGAUCUUCCGGCAUAUUAUCUGUCUGGAAUAGAUAACGCUGAGCUGGGUAAUUUCAGCAAGAUAUGCGAAAUGAGGUACACCAAAAUGUACAAAUGGAAGUACAAAAAAAUGCACAAGAGGAUACUGCGAAGGGAAAGAAUAAAACUUCUAUCCAGGCCACAUAAAAACAUUCACUUGUAUUAUAACAACAAAAAUUAUUGCAUCGACGAGUCUACAGAUUUGCAUCAAAACAAUGAACUUUUAAGUGAAUACAUGGACGCAAAUCUUUACUUUGCGAAAAUAAAAAAAAGCAAUAAAUUUGACAAUUUAAAAUUAUUGAAUUAUUUAAUUCAUAAGCAUAAACAAGAUAAGAACCGCUCGGAUAACAAGAAGAAAAGCAAGGCGUCCAAAUUUUUCUAUUUUUUUACAUCCUUUGCUCUAAUAAUUAAUUGUAUACACAUACCGUCUAGUAAUGAUAAUGACUGA